UCCCCUCACUGCCCGGCUCCGGCCGCGCGCUGGCGGGGCUCCGCAUUGCACACUCUGGGGGCGCCGCAGUGUUCGUGGGAUGGGGCAGCGGGCUGCCGCUGGCGGCCGGAAUCCGCGCGCAGCCCGGGUGCGAGUUCUCUCCCAUCGGCCCGUCCCGGCUCCCAGGCCCCCUGUAUGAGUGACGCCUUGGUCUGCCAUGGACCCUGGCCCUGCCCUGGCCUGGCUCCUGCUCCUGAGCCUGCUGGCCGACUGUCUGAAAGCUGCUCAAUCCCGAGACUUCACAGUGAAAGACAUUAUCUACCUUCACCCUUCAAGAUUGUGUUUUGUCAUACUUGGGAACAAAAACCCAGAUUUCAGUCUCUUAGGUUUGAUUGCCAGGACUUUCAGCUUCCAUGGGGCCUCCAAGUCCGUUUCAGAAGGGGAUCUGGGAAGGAUGAGCUCUGCCAGGCCAGAGGCCCAUCACUCUUGCUCUCUAGAAUAUGCUACUCCCUAUCCUGGUGGAUUUAAGUGUUUCACCUGUGAAAAGGCAGCAGACAAUUAUGAGUGCAACCGAUGGGCUCCAGACAUCUACUGUCCUCGAGAGACGAGAUACUGCUACACUCAGCACACAAUGGAAGUCACAGGAAACAGCAUCUCUGUCACCAAACGCUGUGUUGCCCUGGAGGAGUGCUUGUCCACCGGCUGCAGAGACUCCGAGCAUGAGGGCCACAAGGUCUGCACUUCCUGUUGUGAAGGAAAUAUCUGUAACUUGCCACUUCCCCGAAACGAAACCGAUGCCACGUUUGCCACAACAUCACCCAUAAAUCAGACAAAUGGGCGCCCACACUGUGUACCAGUGAUAGUGACCUGCCUGUGGGUGUUGUUGGCAAUCACGUCAUAGCAGCUGAAAGGCGCCAUGUGUGGUCACAAUCCCGGGGGUUCUCAGUGGUCCAUGUUGUGCAUGAGUCGUUGGCCUGACAGUAGUCACACAUGUGAACCCACAACACUUUGUCAAUGUCUUCAUGGCCCAGCUUUCCCACUUACGUGUCAAGCAUUGCUUCAGUGCACUUAAUUUCAAGUCCAAGACCUUGUCAAAGCCAACCUGCCCUCAAAAUACCCCUGAGUUCUAUACCACACACCUUUGGUUUUGCUCCAGGAAGUAGUUCUGCAUUUAUUGAGAUCUGAGGCUUUUAAUUUAGAAUACAUGCAUGAGCCACAGGAGGUCCUGGGAUCCUCAGAGAUCUUAUGCGAUGUAAUAUGGACAUGCAUAGAUGUGUGUUUUUGAGGUAAAAGAUUAAGGAACACUAGUUUAAAUACAAUCAUAAUUCAUUUAUAGCUUUGGAAUUUUAAAACUUUGAUUUCAAAGUGAAUGGAGUAUUUCCUUGGAGAUUCCGAGUCUCUGGAAAUGUAGUAAGCCAUUGUCCAAUUUAAUUUUCCCAACAUUCUUCUACCAAUGGAGGGACUCAUAUUCCCUGUACUCUGUGUGGGAGAUAAAAAGGCAAUCAUAAAAGUUUUUUGUAUGGGGGCAGGAGUGGCUGGAGAAGGAUUUUUCCCAACUUAAUGAAACUAGCAUCCAUAAAGUAGCUGCUUAUCCUUUCAUGUAAUUGGUGAGAUUGGCCUUGAUUGGCACCUAAUUGUGCUAUAUGAGAGCAUUCCAGGAUGCCACCUGGACCAAUGGGUGGCCAAAGAGUUCUAAAGAUGUGUAAAGUAAAAUGGGGUUAUUGUCUCCAGUCAUAGGGUUCUAUUCAGGCAUAGCUAACCAAGAUGAAAGAGAGGAUUGCAGAAUGGAAGAAAGGAGAUGUGUGAAGGUUGAUUCUAGUUCAUCGUGAGGACCUAGAAAGUGGCUUAGCCAGGUUUUCUUCCAUCUGCUGUUCAUACUGCCAAAGAGCCCUCCCUGUUCUUCCUCUUUCAAUCCCCAGUGACUUUAGGGAAAAGGUUCUUCAUGAAGUUGUCUUGACACUGAUAAAGAAGACAGUAUUCUAGGAUGAAAAGUAGGGAUGGUGAGAUUAGUAAGGAGACCCAGUGGGAAGUUUUUAUUUCUCUUGGAUGAUUGCUUUUGAAGUAGAUGAUAAAAUUUCCACCAUCCUUCCUAUAUUUUUGGCAUUCAUGUUACAAUUUUUCUUUUUCCUUGUAAGUCAUUUAUACAAUAUUUAUUUUUGUAUGGCAUAACUAGAAAGUAAAAUAUAUUGUAAAAAGUACUUUAUUCUGAACAAAACAAUCAAAUUAGAAUACUUAUUUUUCAACAGUGGUAGAGCUUGUAAUAUAUGUUUGUUGAAAGUAUCUAUAAUACUUGCACCAGUGUUGAAAAAAUUAACUUAUGUUUGAACAAGAGUAAUGUGUUGGGCUCAAGUUUUUUACUCAUUGUUUUCCUCAGUGGUGGUGUCCCAGAAGUAUUCAGGUGGUCACCAUCACUGAUAUGAGUUUCUGUGCAAGGUUAUGCGACAUAUUUGCAUGAAAUUUGGUAGAGUCAUUGCUGAUGAGAAGAGUAUUGUCAGGGUCUCUCUGCCCUGCACAGGAAAGUGUCUCUGGCUCAUAAAAUGAGACCCUCCUCAGAGACCAAAUAUGAGCUGAUGGGAGGAACACUGAUAUUAGAAUAAAUUGCAUCAAAUGGCCUUAAAUCAGAGUUUGAGAAAUAGUUAACACAUUAUCAAUAUAAUUGGGGUUGCUUAUAAUUGGGGUAGGGAAAGUAGAGGGAGAGAAACAAGACAUUUAUUCAGCACCUCUUAUGUGCCAGGCACUAUGCUAAGCACUUUACCUACAUUAGGUUGGAUAUCCCUGCAAACACCCUGUAAGGAAUAUUACUAGUAUUGACACUUUACAGAUGAAGGUACUGAGGCUCUCAGAAGCUCAAUAACAUUAAGCCUUUUCGUUCCCCCUUAGGUUACAUAAGAUGAGGUGGGAUGGAAGAGGAAGGGGAGGUGGAAUUACUACCUCUAGGGAAACUUCCAGCCUAACCAUGGCAUGUGUCUGUCUUAUCAUGUGAAGUUUGUCUAGUCCCGCCUCUGCAGGGUGCCCUUUGCAUGUGUUCUCUAGAUGGUAUUUUUUUCUUUGGGGAGGUUGGGCGUGCAGGUAUGUCUUCCUCAUUCAUUCCUCUUGCUAAAAGAGGAGAUGGGUUAAUCUCCCAUCUAAAGAAGCUAUAAAACAAUGAAAAAUUGAUGUACAUAUCUACAAGUACCAUUUUUCUGCAUGAUCACUCUCCACUGACACCUUCCACAUAUUGCAUGCAGUUUGAGUGACACAAAUGUUGGUUCUUACUGAGAAAGUGACCACCUCGAAGCCGGUGUGCAGGACCCAGGUCCACCAUGAUGUGGACAUACCUGCCACCCAGGGGGUCACAGCAAGCUCCACACAGAUGUGGCUGCAUGUACCCUGUGUGUCUCUCACAAUGGCUGGUGUUUCAUUCUCUUGAAAGAAAGUGGUUUGCUUGCCAUCCCCAGCUCAAGGAGCCGAGGCAUGGCCAUUCAUGUGGAAGGCCCAGAACUUGUAUGCAUCUGACUUUUCCACCACAUUAAACUUUCCAUUAAAUCCCACCACUGGGGGCAGCUCGAAGUGUAAAGAGCCGUGGUGUGUAUAUUAACCUAUGUGCCACUUAUUUAUUUUUAGACUCCCCAUAGCACUCAUUUAAUAAGGGAUUAAUGCCUAAAUUUUGUAAAUGUUGUAUAUUUUGUACAUCAAUGAAUAAAGGUUUUAAGUGUA